AUGUCACGCGCGUCGGCGACGUCCUUUCAAGCGCCCGCGCUCGCUCGAGCGCGUGUCGCGAGCGAAACCUCGUCGUCGUCGCGGAGCCGCCGGUCGAGCACACUCGCGCGAAUCGCUUCGUCGCUUCGACGCAGAGCGCGCUCGAGCGGUGUGAACGAGCGCGCGAGCGUGCAAGCGCGAGCAUCUUUCGAUUGGCGUCCCGACGAUGCGAGCGCGCUCCGAUUAGCCGAGCCAGAGUCGACGAAGCCACUGCGGGUGGCGGUGCUCCUGAGCGGCGGCGUCGACAGCUCGGUCGCGCUCGCGCUUUUGCGCGCGGCCGGACACGAGUGCCGAGCGUUUUAUCUGCAGAUUUGGUUUCAAGAGGAUUUCCGUAACACGUGGGAGGAGUGCCCUUGGGAGGAGGAUCUGCGCGUGGCGGAGGGCGUGUGCGCUCGGGUAGGGGUGGAGCUGGAGACGGUGCCGCUGACGGACGCGUAUUGGAACUUGGUCGUGAGCGAUAGCGUGGAGGAGAUUCGACGAGGACGGACACCGAAUCCAGACGUGUUGUGUAAUAGCCGGGUGAAGUUUGGGGCGUUCCGGGAGUGGUUGGCGAAGGCGCAUCCGGGGGAGUUCGAUCGCGUGGCGAGUGGACACUAUGCGGCGGUGGAGCGCGACGCUGUCACGGGCGAAGCGUCGCUUGUAAUGUCCGGCGACGCGUUCAAGGAUCAGACGUACUUUUUAGCGAAUCUUACACAAGAACAGCUUCGUGCGGUGAGCUUUCCGGUUGGUGGGAUGCCAAAGGCGGACAUUCGCUCGCUUGCCACGUCCGCUGAGCUACCGAACGCUGGGCGCAAGGACUCUCAGGGCAUCUGCUUCUUGGGUAAGGUGAAAUUCAGCGAGUUCAUCGCUGAACAUCUCGGGGAGAUGCCAGGGGACAUUAUAGAGGUUGAGACCGGGAAGGUUCUCGGGAAACAUCGCGCGUAUUGGUUUCACACGAUUGGUCAACGAAGCGGACUCUUCCUGCACGGCGGUCCGUGGUAUGUCGCUGGGAAAGAUUGCGUGAACAACGUCGUGUACGUCACCCGUGAUUACUACUCCCUCGAUAAAUCGCGUGACACCUUCAACGUCGCUGGAUUCAACUGGAUCUCAGGGAAAGAACCGGAUUUGGAGAACAUUGAGGGACUGAGAGUGAAGGUGCGUCAUGGAGAAAAUAUUUAUUCGUGCUCGUUCAAGUUCAAGGAAAUCGACGGCGAGCGGUGCGGGGAGGUAACAAUCAAUCAAGAUGACCAAGGUUUGGCUCCCGGACAGUAUGCCGUGUUCUACGACGGCCCGAAAUGCUUGGGCUGCGGGAAAAUUCUCGAGCCCAACGUUGGCACUAUCGGGCUCGUGCCAAAACCUCUGGGAGAAGCCGCGUCGUCGACGUGA